AUGUCUGAAAGCAAAAAUUUAGAUCAUGGCUUAUUAUUCAGCGAACAAGGAGUACAAACUGCUGAUGAGGCAGCAUACAAUUCUAAAAUACAACCUGAAUUCUUAAAAUUAGGCUGUCAAGUAAAAUUAAUACUUUCUACAAAGCGCAAUGAUUCAUUUUUAUUAUAUAAUAAUAUUGAUCCUUCUGACAUUGAUCCGGAACAUAAUAGCUUGAUAUCUAAUAUUAAUGAAUUUUUUUCAAAUGAAUCAAAUAAGUUACAUGUUUAUUUAGGAAUAAUGUGCCCAAGAGCAGAAUUAAAUUUCAAAGAUAGAAAAUUAGAACCCUCGAAGGAGCUAACAAAUGCGGUAAACACAGCGAUACAACAUCACAAUCCUUAUCAAGAAUUAUCAAAGGUAUUUAAAACAUAUGGGUACUUUUUACCAAAAAGUAUCAUUUUAGGGCACAAAGCAUAUAGAUCAUGUUAUUUAAUCAUGAAAGAUGAUUCGUGCCAAUUACUGGAUCAGAAAGAUUUUGACUCUGUAAAGUACAGUAACAAUAACGAUAUUCUUAAUCAAUGGGAAGAAUAUAUAAGAUUACAUGACCCUGGCACAUCAACGAAAGACGGUAAUGGUAUCAUUAUGAGAGAUAAAAAUGACUUUGACACUUCCUUCUUGACAUCAAUAAAUAAUGAUAAAAUUAUGAAAGAUGGACUUGAAGAAUGGGUAAAAUCUUGUUUUGAAAGCAAAAUCGACUCAUGGAAAGUCAUAAGUUGGAAGGGGUUAUAUCCAUUAUAUGAAAUAUUUGAUAAAGAACUUCAAAAAGAAAUCAAGAGCUUACUUGAAAUUGAUGAUCAAGCAGAAAAACUUAAAGAAAGAGUGCUUUUGACAGGAUUAAUUCCAAUUAAAGAUUCCACCUAUCACUACCAUGUAAAAUUUAGCGAUCAUUUUGGCUUCAAUUUGAGUUCCGAUAGUUAUAAGAUUUUUGGAAAACUCAUAACACAAAAUGGUAAAUCGCUUGAUACAUCAGUUAUCAAGUUUCAAUCUAUGAGUAUAUCAGGAUUUUCAGCGAUAAUAGAAAAUUUUUAUACAAAUAAAAAGUCUACAGGUUCGCAUAUAACUUGGAUAAUGAUUGGAAUACCCUCUGAAAUUGGAUAUUUCAGUCCACAUACACGAAAUAUCUCCGUACAGAAUUUAGGUUGUCAUCUGUUUAAAUGUAAUAACAUUUAUAAAUAUCCGUUAGACGUUCCGGAAGAUUUACCAGCAAACUCUGUUGUUUAUGUAUCUGUCUUGCAUCCUUCAUCGCAUUGUGGAAUGAAAUUUACUUUUCAAAAUGAAAUUGGUAAUGGAAAUAUAAUUAAUAUACAUCUCAGCAAUGAUGAUAAAAAUGACAGCAAUACUUAG